AUGGAAGCCUCCACGAUCAUCAAAGAAUCAGAGUCAUGGGAUUCUCGCAUCAGUCAAUUGCAAGCAGCAAAAGCCAAACGCCUGAGCGACUGGGUAACAGUGGAGAAAUCCCUCGUCAAGAUAGAGUGUUUGUUGAACAUGAGUAAGCAAGCUGUCACCGACUGCAGAGCUGAAUCUUUUAGAGUCAGGGUGAUGAUAGAUCGUAUUGGAGGAGAAUAUAUCAAGGAUGAAUCGGAUUAUCAAAGGGCCCUGAAAACGGAAAGCGAAGUGAAGGGUCUUGUUGAAGGGUUGCAGGCGCAGGCUGCUUCAUUGAAUACAAGAAGUUCGGAUAAGGAUUUGCCUCCAAAUCAACCUUUAGGCAAAGGACUUAGCACAUCAUCAGCAUCAGCCCCAGCCCCAGCCCCAGCUCCAAUGCCCCCUCCAAAUGCAAGUAUAGCAAAUUUUGGCGGACAAGACAUUCUCUACAAACUCCUCAACGCCGCAUACAUACUUUUAUGGUUAUACACUAUUUUUGCCUCGGUCACCUUCUUCCGCGCCGCAUGGGUGGCUGGAAUAAUCACUACGGUGGCAACAGCUCCAUUGGCAUGGAAAGACUCUCUAUUGGCAUGGAGAAAAUCUCUAUCCCUAUGGAGAUUAUUCUAUAACUAUGGAGAUUCUUUUUAUACCUAUGGAUAA